AUGCGUCGACAUCGACAAAUAGCAUUAUUAGGAUUUCCGGGUGUUGGAAAAUCUUCUCUCGCUCAUCAUUUUGUUUAUAAACAAUUCUGUACUGAAUAUGAUCCAAAUAUUAAAACAAAUCUUCAAUAUCAAUGUAAUAUCGGUGGACAAGAAUUUGAUUUAACAAUAGUUGAUAAUGCUGGAUCAGAUCAAUAUACACUUGAUUAUAUAGAUUUUGAAAAUAGUGAUGCAUAUAUUAUUGUUUAUUCUAUUGAUGAUUUACAAAGUUUUCAAAUGGUUUCAAAAAUUCGAGAGAAAAUCAUAUCAACAAGCGCUAUUACAAGAAUUCCAAUUGUUUUAGUUGGAAAUAAAAUUGAUCGAACUACUGAACGUAAAGUGACAACUGAACAAGGUCGAUCAUUAGCUAAUGCAUGGAAAGUUCAAUUUGUUGAAACAUCUGCAAUGGAUAAAAAAGCUGUUAGAGAAAUCUUUGAAAAAAGUAUAACUACAAUGGAUAAUAUGGAUACGAGUGAAAAUUCAACAAAUUCAAAUCCAAUUGAAGCCAAUUCUUCUCUUCCUUCAUCAUCAACUUCUUCUUCUAUUCCUAUAAAACAAAUAUCAUCAGGGAAAAUAACAACAAAACAACAUUCACAAAAUAAAACAUGUUCAGUAUGCUGA